AUGGCGAGCCCAAUCCCAUGGAAGAGCCAUUACCGGUCUCUGCUUCGAGAAGCCAGCUACCUCCCUGAUCCUGUUGCGAAGAGAUACAUGGCCGAGUAUAUCACGUCGAGAUACCGCAAGUUCACCUCGCCAGCUCAGCAGAAGCUGAUGAAUGCCGAUAAAAUUGCCCGACUACAUACUCGCGUUAAGAAAAACUUGAGGCUCCUACAACUCGCGAACCAGGGAUACACAAAGUCGCUCGAGCGUGUUCUGCUCAUUUCCUACGGUCGGAUUGGACGAAGGAAAAGAAUUUUACUACGACCGUUUUUAGAGUCUGGAGCCGGGUCAAAAACUGCCUUUUCGCAGCAUUGGAAGCCGUCAGAACUGCUUCUUGCGCUGUUGCAGAGUCAGAGCGAGAACAGCAAUAUCGGUGCUCAAAAGGUUAAAAGGCCGGUCAGGACAACUGAUCUGGAACCUCGCAUACCGGAAGUCAAUGCCCUUGCCCGUCCGCUGGCAGAUAUAAGGAAAAUACACAUUCGCCAAAAGUGGUACGCCCAUAUGCUUGAUAAGACAUUUCCUCCCCUUCCGCAACACGAUUGGGAAACUCUACAACGUCUUGUAGAUGGGAGUGAACCAUGGGCGCCACCUAUCAGGAGAAAAGGCCUCGGCCAAGCCACCCGUGCGGAUUCUAGUAGUGAUUUCGAGGAAAGCUACCUAAGUACCGAGUUCCUUAUUAAAGGUGCUACCAAAGAUCCCACAUUUGCGCAAUAUGUCCGAGGCCGGCCGCACCAGAUCACUAGGCGACUUAUGCGUCAUAUUUGGGAGCGUGUCUGUGCCCUGACACCGCUUAUCCGGUGGGAUUCUAGCAAAAAUAAAUGGUGGUUUUCUUGGGGCGUACGGCAGGCUCCCGCUCCCAUUUAUCGUCAAGUAGAUCCAGUGAAGGGGAUGGCUUUGUUCGAAGGCGUUCAUCAGAAGACUGGAAGAAUAGUUAUGCCUCGGAGGCAAUCCAACAAACCUGGGGACGGAGAUAAAACGUUGAGGGAGGAUGGGAGCAAAGCACCUGAACCCUUUCCAUCAACCACGUCAGAGUCUGGGGUGCUAGCAUAUGCUAGUAAUUCUUAA